AUGGAGCGCUACUUGCGAAAAGGCCGUUUCGGCAAGCGCAUUGGCAAAACGGCUCCCGUAUACUUAGCGGCAGUGUUGGAAUAUUUGGCUUCAGAGUUAGCAGAACUCUCCGGAAAUAUGGCCAAGGAAAAGCCGAUGAACCGAAUCAGGCCUCGCGAAAUUGUGCUGGCAGUCCGGCAAGAUGACGAGUUGGACAGGUUGCUGAAGGAUAUCACGAUUCCCGGAGGUGGCAUCUACGCAAUCACGUGGCAUCUUGAUAGACAAAUCGAAAAUUUGGAGCAGAUUGCCUGGGAAACGCAGCAAGCCGAAGAAGCUCUAGCGGUUCAGGCUGUAGAUUUGGACGGAGUCGUU